GUAGUACUCCAUUGUAUAAAACCCCCACAUCUUCUUAUCCAUUUGUUGGUUGAUGCAGAUAGCCCAUUUUAAAGACACCACCAGACCCCAUAAAUAUACCCAGCUGCAGAUCACAAGCUGCCUUUCUUGAAGGCCCAUGCUCUAUUUCUUUGAGUGCUUACUGUAAAAUUUUCUAAUAAAUCUCUUUAUGCCUCUACGAUGUGUGGGAAUCAGCGAAUUUGCAACUUAAUUCUAUUGGUAGGGUGGGUGUGAGGGGCCUCUGGAUUUCUUGCCUUGAAACCACCCCAGUUAAAGCAUGGGUCAGCAUGCUGUGCGGUCCGACAGGAGCCUUCCCUGUGCCCACCUGAGGCUGGGGGCUCCCAAGGACGGGACUAGGGAUGUUAGGAAUGCACAGCGAAGCCCAGGGGAGGCUGGGCGGCUCACCACCCCUUUAGGGCAGGCCCGAAGUGUUCCACUCCCAGCUGCUUGCCUGUGGGGACUCUGCAGGUGCUUUGUUGUAAUCUCAGGUCCCUGGGGAUGAUAAGCCCGCCAGGGGGUAUGAUUAUCGGUUGAUAGCAGUUAUGAGGCAGUGAAGGGGACACCUGAGCCCUCUGUGAGGCUGGCCUGAAGCCCAGAAGGGACCCUUCCUCCAAGGACCUUUUUCUAGAUCUGAGGGAGGGCCAAGUAAGAGAUGGGGGCUGACGUCCAAGUAGAUCAAAGGUGCUUUCCAACAGCUCCUGCCCUCCGGAGCCUGGUCUGUGAUCUUUGACCCUCUGCCCAGGAGCCUAAGGGCCCUGGUCUAGGGCAAAAGCAGUUAGGAUACAAACUCAGGGUCCUGGGCCCAGAGCUGCGUCCUGGCGGUGCAGGCUGGCCUCUCAAGCAGAAAAACCGGAGAUCGAACUCAGGACUCCGUGUGAGGCAGGCGGCAGCACCACUGAGCCAAAUCUGCAGACCCUUCUACUGCUUCUUAAUGACACUGAACUGCUCCAAACCUCACUAGAGCUGAGAGCCUUGUUUCUCACUUGCUAAGCACCAGUUUGGGGCUGGACUUGGGGCAUGUGGAGGUUAACAGCGGGCUUGGGCCCCUCCCAGACCCAGCUGAAGAGAAGAACAAGCUCGGAGCUCUGUGGCGUGGCCCUGUCUUGGCAUGGUGACCUUUCCUGGAGCCCUGGUGGGAGGAGAAGGAGAGAGAAAGCCCCCCGGAGUGCUGGGAUGAUAGGUGUGCACCAUCAAGCCUCGUUUGGGGCACACUUUUUGGACAACAAACGCCUUACUCUAUUUAAGGACUUCCUCGCCCAGGACCCUGUCCAGCUUAUGGUCUGCAUGCACCCUGCUCCUACCGAGACCUGUGAGAAUUGGGAAGCCGGUUUAGGGUGGACUCUGAGGCCAGGAGGAGAACAAAGCUUCUCAACAGCGUUUACUCCCUUCCACGCUCAUUCCGAGUCCUCCUCAACCCUCUCGGAGAGUCCCAGGGACAGUGGGGCCCUCGCGUCUCUCCUCCAGGGUGUACGAGACUCGGAAUGCCGAGGAUCCACGCACCCCCCCAGCCAGCCUGCCAGGUGCUCCUGCCUGGCGCGGCCCCACAGGCGCCCCACCCGCGUGCGACUGCAAGGGACCACCCAGCCUCGGUUUGGGCCCCUCUCCUUACUGAGCCAAGGUCUGGUUCGAAACUCCGUGCAGCCUAGUAGCCGCCAGAGAAGUAUCCAGCCCAGGGCGACCCCCGAGGGCGCUGUUCUGCCAGGAGGUAGAGGAACCCGCUGAUUGCAAAAACAAAAACAAAAACAAAAGGCUUUUAUUGCUAAAUAAGAAAUGAACCUUUUCAAGGCUGCGGUCCCUGGCCACCGCGGGCUUGGGGGCCACGGCCCGAGGGGGCUGGCAAGUAGC